AUGAGUGCUGCUGAUUAUAGAACAGAGCUUAAGAAGCCUAAAACACGUACGUUUUAUAACGCUACCCCUUCAGUGAACCAACAACAGCCUACAACGAUGAACUAUGGCAUGCAGGAGAUGAGAGCUGCUGCGCCAAUGCCAAUGCCUCCAAGAGUAGUUCAAUACAACGAGCGUCCAGGUCCAUCAGAUUUCUCUGUGAAAGAGACGAGCCCUUUCCUCGGAGGGGGACAGAUCAUUGGAGGACGAGUUGUUCGUGGUACAAAGAGAACUGCAAGCGGCACAUACGUUCUUGUUGAAGAGAUGAGGUUUCUCUUUGUUAGAGUCGUGAAGGCGCGUGAUCUCCCCGACAGAGACCUUUCAGGAAGCCUAGACCCAUUUGUUGAAGUAAAAAUAGGAAACUUCAAAGGCGUUACUACACAUUUGGACAAAAAUUCGGAUCCGGAGUGGAACCAAGUCUUUGCAUUCGCUAAAGAGAAUCUUCAGUCUAACGUUCUUGAAAUCGUGGUCAAGGAUAAAGACCUUGUUCUUGAUGAUUAUGUAGGGACUGUUCGGUUUGAUCUCCAUGAGGUUCGGUCUCGUGUUCCUCCGGAUAGUCCUUUAGCUCCCGAGUGGUACAGACUUGAGAACAAGAGACAAGAGAAGAAGAAAUCUGAGAUAAUGCUUGCUGUUUGGGAAGGAACUCAAGCCGAUGAAGCUUUUGGUGAUGCGGUUUUCUCAGACUCAUUGACAUCUUCAGACAGCUCCAACGUUAUAUCGGCCAACCUGCGAUCCAAGGUCUACCACUCUCCUCGGCUAUGGUACCUAAGGGUGAGGAUAAUAGAGGCUCAAGACGUGAUCAUCGUGUCCGACGAGUCACGUCUUCCUGAGGCCUUUGUGAGAAUCCAGAUUGGUAAUCAGAUGUUAAAGACAAGAGUCUCUCACAGAACGUUUAAUCCGACAUGGGACCAGGAGUUCAUGUUUGUAGUGGCUGAGCCGUUUGAGGAAAACUUGGUCCUCUCCGUGGAGGACCACUCUGCACCUAACAGAGAUGAGCCAGUAGGGAAAGCUGUGAUUCCUCUGGCUGCUAUUGAGAAACGCAUAGAUGAUAAAAAGUUUCGUAGCCGCUGGUUUCAUCUGGAAGACUCCAUCUCAGACGCCAUGGAUGAAGACAAAGCCAAGAAAGUGAAGUUCGCUACUAGGCUCCAUGUGGCCGCAGCUCUUGAGGGCGGCUACCAUGUUUUUGAUGAGUCCACUUACUACAGCAGCGACCUUAGGCCAACGGCGAAACCGCUCUGGAAACCGCCACUAGGAGUCUUGGAGCUUGGGAUACUUAACGCAAACGGGCUCCACCCGGUGAAAGCUAGGGACGGUAAAGGUGUGUCUGAUACAUAUGUUGUUGCUAAAUACGGUUACAAGUGGGUUCGGUCAAGAACUGUAAUCAACAGCUUGAGUCCAAAGUACAAUGAGCAGUACACAUGGGAGGUUUUUGAUCCAGCAACGGUUCUAACCAUCUGCGUCUUUGACAAUGAUCACUUCUCAGCUGGAAAUGACAGCGGAAACAACAGAGAUCAGAUGAUUGGGAAAGUACGUAUCAGACUCUCCACUCUUCAGAGUGGUCGUGUGUACACAAACGCUUACCCUUUACUUGUUCUACAACCAUCUGGUCUUAAGAAAAGAGGCGAGCUUCACUUAGCCGUGAGGUUCACAUGCACAUCAGUCUCCAACAUGCUGAUGAAAUACACGAAACCUCUCUUGCCUAAAAUGCAUUACACGCAACCUUUAUCCGUAAACCUACAGGAAGUGCUUAGGUUGCAGGCUCUCAACAUAAUGGUGGCUCGCCUAGGCCGGUCCGAGCCGCCGCUUAGACGAGAAGUAGUUGAAUAUAUGACAGAUGCUAAGACUCAUCUUUUCAGCAUGAGGCGAAGCAAAGCCAACUUCUAUAGGUUCACAGAAGUGUUCUCAGGAGUGAUGUCAGUAUGGAAAUGGAUGGGAGAAGUGUGCACGUGGAGGACGCCGGUGACGACGGCGCUGGUGCAUGUGUUGUACACGAUGCUUGUGAUGCUACCGGAGAUGAUUUUGCCCACUGUGUUUCUGUACAUGGCUGUGAUUGGGUUGUGGAACUACAGGUUUAGGCCAAGGUUUCCUCCUCAUAUGGACACCAAACUAUCAUACGCAGAGAAUGUGAAUGCUGAUGAGCUCGACGAAGAGUUUGAUAUUUUUCCGACCAUGAAGGCUCCGGACAUUGUGAAGAUGAGGUACGACCGGCUGAGAGUUGUGGCGGGGAAGAUACAGUCUGUGGUGGGAGACAUAGCGGCACAAGGAGAGCGCGUGCAGGCUCUGCUGAGCUGGCGUGAUCCACGCGCCACAGCAAUAUUUGUGACUUUUUGUUUGAUCAUUGCCAUGUUUCUGUACAUAACACCUUUUAAACUGUUUGCUCUCCUCUUUGGUUACUACUUCAUGCGACACCCUAGGCUCCGGCACCGUAUUCCCUCCGCUCCACUCAACUUUUUCCGACGACUUCCGGCCAUGACAGACUCUAUGCUAUGA